CGUGCAAGCACUUCCUACCUCAGGUGGGGCAAUUUACGAGGCAGCCCUGAAUGCAGCAAUAGCCGUCUUUCAGACGGAGAACUGUCGGGGAAGAGGCGCAGUGGGGUUCUCGUAAAUUAGUUUUCGGUGAGAGCGAUGCCAUAAUGAGUCAGAGUGAUCCCUGUCUGUGGACGCAGCUUCUUCAGGGUAGCCAGUCCCCAUGUGACCGCUACAAGCAUGCCUGCUGCAGCUAUGGCAGCAAUGUCUAUAUCCUUGGAGGCAGAGAGAACAGCUGUCUGAGGGACUUCUGGAAGUACAGCGUAGUGUGUGACGAAUGGACGGAGUUGAACUACAAAAGUGAAUAUGCACCAGAAGGACUGGAAGAACAUUCUAUGGUGGCUUAUAAGGGAUUCCUGUAUGUGUUUGGAGGCAUGUUGGAUUCUGCUUAUACUCACUGCAGAUGUGCCCUUUGGGUAUUUGACAUGGAAAAGGAGAAGUGGGUGCAUCACCAGGGAAAAAGAAUCUCUCCUAAGACCAAAAUGCCGAGCAACAGAAAAGGACACAGUGCUGUGGUGAUUGGCUCUGUCAUGCUGAUGUACGGAGGUUUUGUAGACAUAAAAGGAUCCUCGCAGGACUUUUGGAGUUUGGAUUUUGAUACCAUGGUUUGGUGUCUGUUGAGUGAAUCUCCACAGGGCUCAUUAGGCCCAGGCCCUAGACACAGUCACUCAGCCGUGGCCUACCAGGGCUGCAUGUACCUCUUUGGUGGCUUGAAAGGCUUGCGAGAGCAGAGAGACUUCUGGAUGUGGAAUACCAACAGCCAUACAUGGAGUUCCCUUAAAAACAAGUCUGGUCCUCCCAGACUGAUGGGCCAUUCAGCUCUGGUCUACAGAGACAGUAUGCUGCUAUUCGGGGGAGGCGAGAGCCAGACCUUUCCAAAGAGCUGUCUAUGGAGGUACAACUUCAUCACUCAAACCUGGAGCGUGGUAACCACACUCCAAGGCUCCAAACCCCCAAAAAAGAUUCACCACUGCUGCGCUGGGCUGGGACCCAGCUACAAGACCAACACCAGCAGUCCCAGCUCAGAAAACCAAACCAGGUUGCUGGGUGGGAAGCCUAAGCCCUUUAACAACAAGUGCUUCCCUGCACCACUCGCUUUUCUGGGGUCAGAGGGCGCUAUAGAGUUGGAAACUUUCAGUCUAGACAAGACCUACCAAAGCACUUCUUCAGAACUUGAUAAGCACAAAGAGGACUUGAUGGGGAAAGAUGCGCAGUCUUUAGGAAGCUGCUUGACCUUUGAGAACAGAGCUUUCAAGAAGCAGUAUAGCUGCAUAGAGGAUGACCAGCUUGACCAGGAGGACGGUGAUAUAGAGCAGCAUCUGCCUGAUACGCUGCUGGUGAUUGGAGGAAGACCUUGCAACCGUCACAGUCCGAUCUCCAUAUGGCAAAUGACUUUGACUGACUCCUAAUGUGCACUCUGAAGGUCAACCAUAAGAAAGCAGUGUUAUUUAUGUGAAUAUUUUACUGUCAUUCUGUGACAAAUAUUGUUUUUAUAAUUGUAUAUGUGCUGUUCAGAAUUUAUGUAUUUACCACAAAUUUCUAGUGUGGCAUGACUCACUUCUUAUCAGAAUAUGAGUGAACUCAGCGACACAGGAUAAAGUGGAUAGAUGUGG